AUAUAAUACAUUUUACUUACUAUGGUUGCAUACAUACAUUUUAAUUUUAAUAAACACAUAGAAAAUGUAAAAGCUCUUCCUUGAAUUGCAUGAAAAGUGAAACUGCCUUUACCAUCUCUUUAACAAUGUUUAUAGCUGCGUGUUCAAAUGCAUAAAAAUCACUUUCACUUAUCUUCUCCAUUACACAAACUCCUUUCAUUUGCAUUGCAUUUUGCAUUUCAUAUGCAUUUCCCUUUUCCGUAUGAACUAAUCUUCAACUCUUUUACUUCAUUUCCAGUGAAUCUCGCACUUUUUACAAAGCCACGUGUCACAUUCUCAUAUCCUCUUCCUUUGCGAUUCUUUCAAUAUAAACCCUCCGAUUUCAGAUUAUUCCCUCGUUAACCGUUUUCUAACCGUUUUCCUUCAAACAGUUUCCACUCUUUCUCUUAUUUUCUUUAUUUCAGAUCCAUUUUCUUUCUUCUUUUUCCAUUUUCAUUUUCUCUCUCACUCUUUUUCAAACCAAUGGCAAAAGCAAGAUUAUCUCUUCUUUCUCUCAUUCUACUCACUCUUUCACUUCACGUGAACACCGAUUCCUCGCCGUCUCAAUCUCCGUCACUAUUGCCGGAAUCACCAUCACCUUCACCGUUAUCAUCGCCGGAAUCACCAUCACCGUCACCGUUAUCAUCGCCGGAAUCACCAUCACCGUCACCGUCAUCGGCUAACACUCCAUCUCGAUACUAUCCUCCUUCCAUCUCGCCUCUGGCUUCGUCGCCACCAGCGCCGCCUCCGUCAAAUCCGAGUCCAUUUUCCAGUACUCCGGCUCCUUCGCCGGAGGAUUCUACUUUAAUAAACCACAUCGGUCUUGAUGAGAAAACAGAUGAUGAUUCGUCGGUAGAAGGAAUGAGUGGAAGCAAGAAAGCAGGGAUAGCGAUCGGAAUAAUAGUGGCGGCGAGCGUGCUUAUGUUGGCAGGAAUGGUGUACAAGAAACGGAAACAGAAUCUACGGAGAAAUCAGUACAUUUACGGUGUAAGAAGAGAUAUAAUGUAAAGAAUAUACUAGUAUACUAGUUGUAUUUGUAUACGUAACUUCGUUUGUAUUGAGGUUAUUAUACUCUUCCUCGUAUUGCCGUUAUUUUGAUAGAAUGAUUCUUUUCUUUUUUUGUAGAUUCUUUUGUUCUUGAUCUAUGAUGAUUGCAAUAGAUAUUUUGAAUUCCUAUACUAUUAUUAUCGUCAUCAUUAUUUUGUAAAUUUCCUUUUGUUGCAAUUUGUAGGAGAAAUUUUUGCAUGGAAACAAUUAAUAA